CUAUCACUUGUGGCCACCCUGGCAACCCUGCCAAUGGCUUGACCCAAGGGACUCAGUUCAAUCUGAACGACGUGGCCAAGUUUGUGUGCAACACUGGGUACCACCUGGAAGGAGCUUCACAGUCCCAGUGCUUGGCCAACGGCCAGUGGAGCAGCACCCUGCCCUCCUGCCGUGUGGUCUCCUGUGGGCACCCCGGGUCCCCACCCCACGCUCAGCUCUCGGGUGACAAGUACACGGUGGGCUCGGUGGUGCGGUACAGCUGCCUGGGGAAGCGGACGCUGGUCGGCAACACCACCCGCAUGUGCCAGCUGGACGGGCGCUGGAGCGGCUCCCUGCCACACUGCUCAGUUAUCUCCUGUGGCAACCCAGGGACACCCAGCAACGCCAGGGUGGUGUUCAACGACGGGCUGGUCUUCUCCAGCUCCAUCAUCUACCAGUGCCGGGAGGGCUUCUACUCCACAGGAGUGCUGAGCAGGCACUGCACGGUGAAUGGCACCUGGACUGGGACCAGUCCAGAGUGUACAGUGAUCAACUGUGGUGACCCUGGUGUGCCAGCCAAUGGCAUCAGGCUGGGCAGUGACUUCACCUACAACAGAACAGUGGUGUUCCAGUGCACGCCUGGCUACAUGAUGGAGUCAGACAGGGCAUCUUCUCUGACCUGCACGAAAGACCGAACCUGGAACGGUACCAAGCCUGCCUGCAAGGCUAUCAUCUGUAAACCCCCACAAGCCAUCCCCAACGGGAAAGUCGUGGGCUCAGACUUCAGCUGGGGCUCCAGCGUGAGCUACGCCUGCCUGGAGGGCUACCAGCUCUCCCUGCCUGCAGUGCUGACCUGUGAGGGCAACGGCUCCUGGAGCGGGGAGAUUCCCCAGUGCUUCCCCGUGUUCUGUGGGGACCCUGGGAUCCCUGCCCAGGGCAGGCGGGAGGACAGAGGCUUCACCUACCGCUCCUCCGUCUCCUUCUCCUGCGUGGCCCCGCUCCUGCUGGUGGGCUCAGCACGGAGGUUCUGCCAGUCUGAUGGGACCUGGAGUGGCACCCAGCCCAGCUGCAUAGACCCCAGCCUCACGACGUGUGCAGACCCUGGCGUGCCUCUCUUCGGGAUGCAGAACAACUCCCAGGGCUACCAGGUGGGGAGCAUCAUCUUUUUCAAGUGCCAGAAGGGAUACCUGCUGCAGGGCUCCACCACCAGGACCUGCCUCCCCAACCUGACGUGGAGCGGCGUGCAGCCCGACUGCGUCCCUCACCACUGCAAGCAGCCAGAGACGCCCUCCCACGCCAACGUGGGAGCUCUGGAUUUGCCAUCCCUGGGCUACACCUUGAUCUACUCCUGCCAGAGUGGGUUCUACCUCACCGGGGGCUCCGAGCACCGCACCUGCAAGGCAGACGGCAGCUGGACGGGGAAGCCUCCGAUCUGCCUGGCUGACGUCCGGCCCAGCGGGAGGCCGGUGGGCACCGCGCGGGACCCGCCGCUCGCCAAGGUCUCAGUGCCUGCUGACGUGUUUGCAAGGAAUUCCCUUUGGAAAGGCUCCUAUGAAUACCUGGGGAAGAAGCAGCCUGCGAUGUUGUCUGUCACCAGCUUUGACCCUGCCACCAGUAAGGUCAAUGCCACCCUGAUAGACCACAGUGGCGUGGAGCUCCAGGUGUCUGGCAUUUACAAGAAAGAUGAUGUGCACCUGCUUCUCCAGGUUUAUCAAGUAACGGGGCCAGUGGAGAUCUUUGUCAACAAGUUCAAAAAUGACAAAUGGGCUCUAGAUGGACACGUCUCAUCAGAGUCUUCAAGUGGCACGUUUGUGUACCAGGGCUUUGUGCGUGGCAAAGGCUUCGGGCAGUUUGGCCUUCAGAGACUUGACAUCAGCAUGAUGGAAAAUGAUCCUGAAUCGAUAGGACACCACUUUGCAUCCAACAGCAGUUCUGUGGCAGCUGCCAUUCUUGUGCCUUUCAUAGCCCUGAUUAUUGCAGGGUUUGUGCUUUAUCUCUACAAACACAGGAGGAGACCAAAGGUCCCGUUCAACGGCUACGCGGGCCACGAGAGCACGGGGGUGCGGGGCACCUUCGAGAACCCCAUGUACGACCGCAGCCUGCCCCCCAGCGACCUCCUGCCCGGCGAGGGCGACUUCACCGUCAGCACCGUCUGCACGGCCGUAUAG